CAAUUCUUUUGUGCCGUCUCAAUGACUAUUCAACAGUUGGAUAUGGAUAGGCCUCUCUUUUUCUAAAGCUUCCCCACUGUUUAAUUGGGCUAAAAUUGGUCCGCUUGUGUUCCAGAGAGUCGGGAGCCCUCAGGCCAUCAAUACAUCAUCUCAGCACGACGCCUGUGAUUAACUGCUCGUUUUUCUCAAUAUCCUCUUGAUGUCUUUCAGCGGAGCGUCCCGGCCAAUGGGAGCGAGGCUCUGGUCGGGUCACGUGGUCAAAGCAAAACAGUGAUUGGCACAUUCCGGGAAGGGGGCGGGACUUCAGCUUGCAUAUAAUAAGUGAGAAGAAGGCUGUCAGAAGAAAAAAAAUAAAUAAAUAAGACCAACAAUUUCAAAAAAGGAAAAAGUAGAAGAAGAAGUAGGAGAGCCGUGGAAAAAGCGCAGUGAAGGAGUAUCUACAGGAGAUCCACAUGCUGAAGCACCGCGACGCGACGCCCUAGGAGCCCGACAUGACUUCUCCUAAGGGUACCGUGAACUUCGAAUCGUCGUCUCGCGACAAAACGGACUCGGAGGGUGAGGAGAGCAGGCCGAAGGAGGCGCCGCUGAGCGCCGCGGACAAGAGCAAAGCGAGCCGCCACCCGUUCAGCGUCGAGUCGCUUAUCUCCAAGAAGAGCACCUGCAGGAGCCCAUAUUCUCCUCCUGCGCCUUUCCCAGAGCACCUGGCUCAGUACCCCCAGAGGACUUACUUCCCCCAGAAAAGUCACGUUUCAGCGGAAACUUUCCCCCAUGUGUCGGACUGCAUGAACGACGAGAGCGAAGACUCGAGUGAUAAAGAGCAGAGCACUUGGCUGAAGAGCCCAACUUUCUCAUCACCGCAGAGAGCUACAAGUCCUCCUUCGACGUGCCACCUGCGCAAGCACAAGACGAACCGCAAGCCGCGCACUCCGUUCACCACGGCGCAGCUGCUCGCUCUGGAGCGGAAGUUCCGGCAGAAGCAGUACCUGUCUAUCGCCGAGCGCGCCGAGUUCUCCAGCUCCCUGAGCCUGACCGAGACCCAGGUGAAGAUCUGGUUCCAGAACCGACGCGCCAAGGCCAAGCGGCUGCACGAAGCCGAGCUAGAGAAACUCAAGCUGGCCGCGAAACCCGCCGCGCUGCCCGCCGCCCUGGCCCUGCCAUUCUCCCUCGCCGCACACGGGCCCCCGGUCGUAUACGGUGCCGCCGCAGCAGCAGCUGCAGCCGCCGCCGCGUCCGGGCUCCCGCGCCCGAGCCUCGCCAUGCCCGCGCUCUUCGGCUCGCCUUAUGGAAUGUAUUACUUAUCCUAAUAUCACGCAGAAAAGAACCGCGUCUCCGCACGAUGAUGUGCGCAUCUGCAGUAACUUUCCACAAAACAAAUGACUCCCAAUACCUCUCUUUUUUUGCUGCAUCCAUUUAUAUUUUUUACAUCUGGAGCUCUGGAGAUGUUUUGUUUUGUAAAAAGCCAUCUCCUCAAUUACUGACUUGUAGCCUUAAAAAACAUAAGAAUGCCAGAUCUGUCUGACAAAAUGCAAAGUUUAUGUGUGAUGUUUAUUCUAUGCUCUUGUGGAGCAGGUUCGUCUGGAUUCAUUCAUACGCAACAACAAAAAAAAAAGAAAGAAAAGAAAAAUCUCUGCGGGUUUGUCCGUCAUGUGAUGAGAAGUACUUACUGGCCUAAUCUUAAAAAAAAGUGCCUUGAAAGACCAAAUAUUUAUUAGUCAAUAAAGAGUAUUCAUUUUAACGUUUAAA